AUGGAUCCAAGUACGGUGUCGAAGUUUGCUUUGCCAGCCGUUGUCUCUCUGAUCGCCUUUCUCUCAUAUUCAUCCCAGUACCUUUUCAAGAAGAUUGAGCCGGGCCCACUCAGUCAACGGGAGUUCCUCCAAUUCAAUGCACUGGUUGCUGGAAUAUGGGUCAGCUACUUCCGUGCCUGUACUACGGAUCCUGGACAUGUGCCUGCGAACUGGAACCCCGAACAUGUUGGAGUUGCGGACACAGCAUUGCCUGUAGUGAAGACGCUUGCCAGACAAAGGUAUUGUCGCAAGUGCAGCGCUUUCAAACCUCCAAGGGCACAUCAUUGCAAAGUUUGCAAGAGAUGUAUACCGAAAAUGGACCACCAUUGUCCAUGGACGGUCAAUUGCGUGUCUCAUUUCACAUUUCCGCAUUUCAUACGCUUUCUGUUCUACGCUGUGUCGGCAAUGACCUAUCUCGAGUACUUCUUGUACCUCCGAGCGGAAGUCAUUUGGCAAAAUCGGAAUCUACCUAGUUAUCUAGGACCGUCUCUGUCGCAACUGGUGCACCUCUUCAUUCUCAUCAUUGUCAAUUCUCUCACGUUGUUUCUGGUGUCAAUCACGUUCGUUCGCACGGUCUGGGGCUUGGGAGGCAACGUCACAACAAUUGAGAGCUGGGAGAUUGAACGCCAUGAACAGCUCCUUCGUCGAGCCCGUGUGCUUGGAGGGUACUUGGAUGGCCCGGACGGUAUUAGAAUCAAGUUGACGAGGCAAGAAUUCCCGUACGACAUUGGAAUCUGGAACAAUAUUGUUCAAGGCAUGGGUACCGCCAAUAUUCUUGCCUGGUUUUGGCCAUUUGCUGCAACUCCACGAACCAAUGGCUUGGUGUUUGAGACGAAUGGAUUCGAAGAUCCCGGUACCAGUUGGCCUCCGCCGGAUCCUGACCGGAUGCCACGACUCAACCGUGCUGCAGAGCUUCAAGAUGCUUUUGUCCACGAUCGGACCAAGCUCUCUGCAGAGCAGGAAAUUGCAGCUUUCAAAGAGCGGCAACAGGCAGACUUUCAACGACGUCCCGACCACUAUGGAGUGCAGCGCCGAAAGCCAUUCCACGAGCGCUUUCAAGAGGAUAAUUUCGUGCCUGUCAUGGAUGACUACAUGCCACAAGAUGACAGUAGCGGCGAGGAAGGCUGGCAAGAUUCAGGGGGCAACCGAUUGAAAGACUAUGGCGUGGACGAGGAUGUCGAGUUCUAUGAUGAAGACAACCUCCCUAUAGCUGAAUUGCUGCGACGUAAGGAAGGACGUGCAGUUACGACCGAGGCUUAA